UGCAAAAAUAAAAAACUAAAUUUAAAGGAGAUAGUUGGAAAGAUAACUAAAUGAAAAUUAGCUAGUACUAGUACGUUGGGAUUAGGACAAAUCUAUUAAAAAAACGAAAACACCACACACAGACGCCUACCCGAGAUGAGCAACACUUUCAUUUCAUGUUAAGAACUAACUCAUGAAAAAUUGAACCCAAACAACUUCAAUUCUCUUUCAAUGGCUACUUCUGUUUCUGCUUCUCAUCCCUGUAUUUCAUCUAUCACCAAUUGUUCAAUCCCUUCAUCAUCAUCUUCAUCUUCUUCUUCUUCAUGGAAAGUCUCAUCCUCACGCGUCAAGUGGCAGAGACGUUCCUAUUGUAGAGCUAUGGUUCAAAUUCAAACUGGCGCACCCGCCGCGUAUGCUAAGGAAAUGGAACGCCUAUCCGCCAAAGAAUCGCUUCUCCUUGCGUUUAAAGAUGCAGGUGAGUUUGAGGGCUUAGUCUCUGGGAAGACAACCGAAUAUCAAAGAAUUGAUGUGAAUGAGAGGAUAACUGGUCUUGAGCGGCUCAAUCCAACACCUCGACCCACGACGUCACCUUUUCUAGAAGGUCGAUGGAAAUUUGAGUGGUUUGGUCCUGGAUCUCUCGGGUUGUUUGCGGCUAGGGUUAUAUUUGAGAAUUUUCCUUCAAGUUUAGCUAAUUUGUCGAAAAUGGAUGUCUUCAUCAAGGACGGAAAUGCAAAGAUUACGGCAAACACAACAUUUUUAAACUCGAUAGAAAGCAGUGUUAUUCUCUCAACCAAGUUAACUGUCGAGGGGCCACUUAGAAUGAAAGAGGAGUAUGUAGAAGGGAUUCUUGUGUCACCAACAGUUUUGGAAAACAGAGUACCAGAACAGCUCAAAGGUGCACUUGGACAGGCAGUUAAUGUUUUACAACAGCUACCGGUACCUUUACGCGAUGCUCUUUCCAAUGGACUAAAAGUUCCUCUAAGUGGAAGCUUUCAGAGACUCUUCAUGAUUUCUUAUCUCGAUGAGGAGAUACUUAUAAUAAGGAACACAUCUGGGAUUCCAGAAGUUUUAACAAAAAUUGAAGCAACACCAUCGCCUCUGGGAGAUUCAAAUCCAGGGUAUGAAAGCUAGGAAUUCUGUAUGGAAAGUGAAUUAUUUUUCCUUGGUUUUUGAGGUGUAAUGUCAAACACUUAUUCCUUCUAAGUAACCUAUGUGAAUAUAGAAGUUUCAAUUUGAAACUGAUACCAUUUCUUACAAAACUAUGUAUCAUGUUCCUGUAUCACAACAAAAGUGGUUCUAUGAUUUAGAACUUGAGUAAUGCUAUUCAUACAAUCAAUAGUGAAAUUAAAAAAAAAAAGGAAAAAUCUGUAUUUUUGUUGGAAA